AUGUCGAAAAGACAAAGGGCAACAGCCAUCGCUGAACAUGAGAAAAAGCUACGGGAGGAAAACGAGACCGAGUACCGCAAAGCAGUGCAAGCAGCACCAGCGAUGCCCGUCCUCCACGGCGGUAGCGAGGAACACCGAGAAAGGCUAAAGGGAUUAUACGAAAAGAAGCUUUUCCAGACCGCAGACGAGAUGUAUGCCCUCGUUGCUAAGGUCCUUUCUCCCAAGGAAAUUGCAGCGAACCCAGAAGCACAGGCUGCCAUGGACAAGGAAUGGCAGAAGCUCGUGGACAAGGGCUGUUGGGUGCAGAACAAGGUAAGGGAGUUUGAGUCGGUCGCAACAGAGGCUAAGAGGACUAAUUCAAAGGUUCACUUUGGCAACGUUUUUGAGAUUGGUUCUUUGAAAGGAGUGGAAAGGGAUGAAAGAUCCCAUCGUUCCCCUCAAAUUGGCUAUGGACACCCCGAUUCAGGGGGGAUUUGGGAACGUCACUGCGAGACGGAAUUGAAGAAAGUUGUGUUCGAAGCUGUAAUUACUGACAUUUGGAAGAGUGUAUUCUACCAUCCCAAGAAGAAGCUUCUGCUUGUGGUCUACGUGGACGAUUUCAAGCUUGCCGGUCCUAAGUCUACCAUAAAGGAGCGUUGGGACUUGAUUUCAAGCGUGAUCGACAUGGACCUUCCGGAGGUUAUUGGAAGAUACUUUGGUUGUAUGCACAAAGAGGAACACAACCUGAUGCUUCCCAAAGACGCACACCCAUUUCGUCAUGUAUUCGAACCUGAACCUCUCAACGCGACCCCAGCUAGAACGGAGGAUUAUUGGGACAUCGACCCCGAGAAUCUACUAGCUAUCCGACAUCACCACUACCCUCGAAAGCGCUUGUAUGUGCCGAACGAAGAUGAUGCACGGGUUUUCCCAGGGAUUGGCCCCCGAAGAUACACCGUAGUGGCUAAAGCCACUCGCAAGAGUGAGUCGGAAGAGGUCGUGAUCGAUGAUUGCAACCAAGCUCGCGACCGCUGCCUUAAGGACUGGUGGAGCGGCGAGACCUACUUUGACCUAGCAGGCCGGGGACAGUCUGAUUUCGAGCUGGCAGCCGCAGCUACCCGCAAGGGUAAGUCAAUUCGAAACAAGUCCGAAGCCAAGAAAUAG